UUACAACGGUUAUCUUUCAAUACAGAUUUUUCAUUACAAAAUCACAGAUAUGAAAAUACCGCCCACAGAGCCACCCAUCACUCUUUGAUAUGUAUGUAUACAAGUCACCAUGGCUACUUCGGUGAGCACGAAUCCAUCUACGUUGUUGCCAUUAGAAUUAGUCGACAAAUGCAUUGGUUCUCGAAUACAUAUCAUUAUGAAGAACGACAAGGAGAUUGUAGGAACUCUGCAAGGCUUUGAUGAUUUUGUCAAUAUGUUGUUGGAGGAUGUGACAGAAAGUGAGGCAACCCCCGAAGGACGUAGAGUCACAAAGCUGGAUCAAAUCCUUCUUAAUGGCAGCAAUAUUACUAUGUUGGUACCUGGUGGCGAGAUGCCAGAUACAUAAAACUGAUUUUCAAUACAUCAUACCAAGUAUCAUUCUCAGGCUUUAUUCCAAGACACAAGUGGUAAUCUAGCUAUGUAUCACAAGUAAGAAUCCUUAUAUGCUUAUUCUUGCAUAAAUAAAUAUUAACAAUUAAUUAUAAUAAA